UACAUGUGCCCAAAUCAUUUUGAUGACAGCCAAUUCUGGAACAAGUUUAAGACCAAACUUCGACUGAAUGCUGUGCCCACUAUUUUUGCAUACCCUGAGCUCAGUCCAGAGGUUAUGCAAAAAUAUGAUAAUCCAGAUGUCUUUUUCUUUAGUGGCUUCAAUGAUGAAAGUGACUGUGAUGACAGUCCUGACACUAGCUCACCUUUGACACCAAUCCAGUGUGGUGAUGACAUCAUGGACUGCACAGAAGAGUCAUCUGAUCAGGUCCACUCUGUUUUCAAUUCUUCAGGGAAACGCUCUAGAGAAAUUUAUAUUGAUGAUGAUGACAGUAGUUUUGAAUCUGAGCUGAAGAAUCCUCACCUGGACUUGCCACAGGCAACAUCUCCACGCAGGUCUCUCAUAUCCACUGGAGCAAGGGAUAGGGAUGGCAAGCAGCAUAGGAUUGGGCUCCAAAAUCUUGCUGAAAUGUCUGGUGUGCAGUAUGACUCUAAUGAUGAAAAUUUGGACAAGGUUCUGAAAACUGCACAACAGUACAGAACCAUGGCAUUAGACGUAAGGAGAAAGUUGAGUAUUGCCCAACGCCGCAACAAGAACCUCACAAAGGUACUUAAUAAUAAGACCCUAACUGUACUGAAUGAACUUGUGGUAUCACCAGUAGCCCGUGUGAUCCUUGAGGGAGAGAUGAAAAAUUUUAAAGUUAAACCGAGAGGCAGGCGCUGGACACUUCAAGAUAAACUAUUCUGGUUAGGGGUUAUGAAAAGGGGAGUGAGGGCCUUCCGAUUUUUAGCCAAAUAUAUGACCAUACCUAGUGAAGCAAGCUUAAAAAACUUGUUGAACAAAGUGAAUCUGGCUCCCGGGAUUUCUCAGCCUUUUCUGUCGCUGUUGAAGAAGAAGGUGGAGUUGAUGAAAUCCCGGGAUAGACAGUGUGUUUUAUUAUUUGAUGAGGUCUUCUUGCGUGGGCGUGUAUUUUACAAUCUUAGAAAAGAUUUAGUCAUUGGUUUCGAAAAUUAUGGGCAGCGAGGCAGAACAAACUAUAUUGCUGAUCAUGCGCUGGUGUUCAUGGUGCAAGGGCUCCAUGUCAAGUGGACUCAACCAGUUGCAUACUAUUUUGUCAGUAAGACAUGCCCAUCUACCAUGCUAAAGAUUUUAAUUGAAGAUGUUGUGAAGGCCCUUACCAGUAUUGGCCUAACUGUAAAGGCUACUGUUUCUGACCAGGGCCCUACAAACAGAAGUGCUAUUGCUGAGCUUCGCCAGAAGAAUGGUGAUGGCUUACUGUAUUCUAUUGAUGGACAGAGGCUUGUGCAUAUAUGGGACAUGCCACACAUUUUAAAAAACAUUAGAAACAAUCUGAUAACAAGUGAUCUUGAAUUUAAUGGAAAUAAAGUUGCCAAGUGGCGUCACUUGAUAGAAUUUUUUAAAUAUGAUGAGUCUCUUAGUAAAUUAAGUUCUCUAUCAAUGAGGCACAUUAAUCCCCAGGGCCGGGACAAGAUGCGGGUCUCGUAUGCUGCUCAAGUGUUUAGUGCAUCUGUAUCAAAAUUCAUCAAGGCGAUUGUCUCUAUCAGUGAUGGCAAGAAACUCUCUCACUGCUUGCCAUUUGCUGAUCUCUGUGAGGACAUUGACAGUUUCUUCGACCUUUGCAAUGGCCCAAGAGCAAAGGAAAACAAUGACCAGAAACUCUUUAGAGUCAAUGUUACAGAUCAUUCCCCCCACAUCAAGGAGGAUAUGUGGAAUACCAUCAUUUCUAAGCUGCAGACAUGGACAUUUAUCAGAAAGAAAGAUGGUGUCCGACACAUUCCUCCUUGUGUGCGGGGAUGGAUUGAAAAUGUUAAAUCAUUUCGUGUGCUGUGGUGCUCAGUGAAAGAAGAGGUUCGUGUGUUGAAACUGCGGCAUUUAAACCAAGAUGCUCUUGAAAAUUUUUUCUGUCUCAUCCGUCAGUGUGGGGGCAGUAGCUCUGACCUCACCUUGGCCCAGUUCACUGCUUCUAUGAAAACUUGCCUGAUUAGCAGGUUCUCAAGACUUGUUAGUGCUGACAGUAAAAAUUGCCUGGAUGAUGAGUCAUUCAUGAUGUCAGAUCUGAGUCAGUAUUUACUAUCAGAAGAGGACCCCUCAACUGCACCACCAGUCCAGCAGUCUCUGCAUCGUGGGGAUACCCCAGACAAUUUUGGACGUCGUCCUAGAGUGCAACCCACCAAUCUUCUUGUUCGCCAGGCGCCCACAGAACAGUGGAUUGAAAUUCUACCUUCUCUGCUUAAAAAAAUUGACUGCUCUCACUGUUCUAAUCUACUAACGUCUUCACAACCACCUCUGUUUUAUAAUUCUGUAUCUUCACAAACUUCAUUUCCGUCUCCAAAUCUAAUAUCUAUCUAUCUAUCUUGCCAAAAUGUAUUUGAAAGACAAUGGAAAAGGGUAUUGUUCAAAGAGAAUGUGUCAAGUGAUGUUGCUACAUUGUUCCAAAAUGCUGUGCAGUGGGAGGGUUUGUUGUGUCCCGCACACCACAAUGCGAAGGACACCGUCAAUAUCCUUUUCAGCCGAAUUUCAGAGAACCUUAUUCAACAAAAAUGCAGGGAUUGCAAUGCAGAGCUGAGGGCUAAAGUGUCACGGAGAACUAGGCAAGCUCUUGUCACGAAAAAUUCCACUGGCCUUCGCACAGAUGAGGAGGAGGUGGAGUUAGACCCUGAAGACCAAAUUCUUCUUGGCAUUAUGACAGGUUUAUUACACAGUAUUUAUGAACGGGUGUCUUCGUGUUGGGUGUUAGUGCUGUUUAAUACGGGAUAGGGAUAGCUCCACUGACCUGAAGAGUUUCAUUUUGUUAGUCUCUCUAUCCACACAAUAACUCUGGAACGAAUUGAGCUAAUUAUUGGUGAAACCACAAAUGGGUGUGCUGGUUUAGUAAUUAAAUUUCUGGAUGCAUGUGAUCAGAACUUUAUAUUACAAAAGGUCCCUUUUGUAUUGUUCAUGACAUCUCAUAAUGUUUCAUCUCAACCUCAAGGGAUUUCCAAGGGCAUAUCUAUAGUUCUGGAAGAGCGGUGCAUGUUUAUAUUUCACUUUCUGUUUUUGUGU